GCCUCUGUCGUUACAGAACUUGAUGUUGCAAAGCAAGAACUGAGUAAAAUUCGGCAGGGGUAUGAUUUAUCCUCAGAAGCAAGAGUUUCUGCUUUCAAGCAAGCAGCAGAAGCGGAAGAUGCAAUGAAGGCCAACAACAAAAGAGCAUCAGAACUAUCUAAAGAAAUUUUGGCUGUAAUGGAAUCAAUCGAUCAAGUUAAUGCUCAAUCUGUCCAAGCACAUUUGCUGCAAGAAGAGACACAAGCCAAGCAAAAUGUUCUAAGACAAUCAUAUGAAGCUGCCCUUGAAGAAUCCAAAAGGAAUUUGCUCGAUUUAAAGAAGGAAUUUAAUCCAGGGCUUACCAAAAAUCUAGAGUUGCAGCUGACUGAGACAAUGAAUGAGAUAAGCGUUUUGCAAGAACAAUUGGAAAAUAGAAAGAAAUCAGACUUGGAUUCUUUGAAGAGUGUCACUCUGGAUCUUGAUGAUGCUAAGGAAUCACUGCAGAAAGUAGCAGGACAGGAAGAGUCCCUUAGAGCCAUCGUGGAAGCUCUUAGGAUGGAUCUGGAGAAUGUAAAAGGAGAACACACUGCAUUGAAAGAGAAAGAAUUCAAAACUGUUUCCUUUGUUGAGAAUCUGCGGGUAGAGCUCCAGAAAAGUGAGUCUGAACUUGAGGCCUACUUGGCAGAAGAAUCUAAAGCUAGAGGUGCAUCAGAGGAAAUGAUCUGGAAAUUGAACCAGUUGUUGACUGAAACUGAAAAUGCAAGGAGGGAAACACAAGAAAGGAAGAAUGAGGCUGCACAAUUGAAGAUGGAAGCUGUAGUCACUAAACUUGUUUUAGAAGAUGCCGAAAUAAAGCUCAAAGCAGCAUUGCAAGAAGUAGAAGUAGCAAAAACAGCUGAGGCAAGUGCUCUUGAACAGAUCAGGGUCUUAUCUGUGAGGACCAGUGAUUCUGGUUCAUCAACUUGUGAAUCUGGUGCAAGAAUUACAAUCUCAAGGGAGGAGUUUGAGUCCUUAGUUCAUAAGGUUGAGGAGUCUGAUAAAUUAGCAGAUAUGAAAGUGGACGCUGCCAAAGCACAGGUGGAAGCUACAAAGGUGAGUGAAAAUGAAGUUAUAAAAAGGUUAGAGGAAACUCAAAAGGAAAUUGAGGAUAUGAAGACUGAAACACAGGAAGUCUUGAAAAGGGCUGAGAUGGCUGAAGCAGCAAAGAGAGCAGUGGAGAAUGAGCUCAGAAAGUGGCGUGAAAGAGAGCAAAAGAAAGUAGCAGAAGCUGCUUCUAAAUUAUUGGCUGAAACACAGAUGGCAGCAGAAUUAUCUCCUCAGCACUAUAGGAUUCAAAAGCAGAAUUCACUACCAAAGGUGGAGAUGAAGAAGUUAGAGAAAGGGAAGGUUUCAGUUUCAAAGAAAGUUCUCUUGCCUAACAUGAGUGCCAUCUUUCACAGGAAAAAUAACCAUGUUGGAGGAGGACCUUCUUCUUAGCUUCUGAAAUUUGUCAGAGAAACAUAAUGGUUUGUGUGAAAGUUGAGAUUUUUGUCAACAUGGUAUCAGGGAAAAGAAUUUCUAAGUGUCAAUAGUUUGGUCAUAAGUAUUUUAUUAAUGUAACUUGCCUUGUGAAUUAUUGUAUAUUGCUACCUAAUGUCUGAGUAGUAGUAGUAUGAUGAACUGUUCUAUUCUAUGGCAAGCAUUUUAGUGAUUAUAAUAACUAUUGAAAAACUAUAUCUUCG